ACACGGUGGUUAGUUUGGUUGAUAUUACGCGUAAAAUCCAGCCAAUAAUUGAUAGGAUCGUGCACGACGCUUGAAACGCGAUAUUUAUUUAAGUCGGUAGCCUCAAUCAGAAUCUCACACAAAACGCGUCAACGAAGACUCCCAAGGCGGCUUCUCUCAUCGAUACCCUCUUCUUCACAGCUUCCUCCUUUCGGUUUCUUGUGUCGCCGGUAAGGCCAUUCGAAACCUCUGAAACCCAUCGAGACGCAGCCACCGUCUAGGGUUUUGUCCCUCCUGCUUUUCCUUGCUUAGUUGCUUUCUUGUUUGUUUUCUUCUCUGAUUUUUUUUCCCCAAAUUGAUAGCAAUCGCUGUUGAUUCUAUUGAGAAAGAAGUAUAAUUAAUUUUUGCUGUUUAGUUUUUUGUUCCGGUUGCUGAUUAGGGUUGCGUGAAUCAUUGAUAAACAAAUCGAAUCCUCCUAUUUUUGGGGCUAGGGUUUGGAACUUUGGGAUUUUUAGGGUUUCGGUUUGAAAUUCAUAUUUUCUUCGAUUAUUGAUUGCUUAUUGAGAGCGCUUGUGCUUGUGCUUGUGCUUGUCAAUCACAUGGCGGCAGGAAGAAAAAGUGUUUCUCUGAGGCGAGAAUCUUACAAAUAUGGUUCCACCAAGGGUUUUGAUGAUAGGAGUGGUUCUUUCGGCGUGGAAGUGGGUGGAUCGGGAUCUCGCUACCAUCACGUUAUCCGUUCUGAACAGAAUGGGUUUCAUGGUGGGAAAGAGGAGAGAGAGCAAGGUGAAAUCUGUGUUGAGCAUGUCUCUGGUUUGCCACCGCCAGAGAAGAAAAGAAAAUUUUCUCCAAUCAUAUGGGACCUAGCAGAGGAGGGAGUAAGAAUCUCUUCAGAAAGCAAGCUCUCGAAGGUGGCAGUUAUCUCUCCCCCUCGUCCUUCUCCAUCGAGUAAUCCUGGAGCCAAUGAUGCUUUUUAUGGGGAUGUUAUGGAGGUGUGUUCCCCAAAUUCCUCUCAUAUGUUGCCUCAAAAAUAUUUCCAAAACAAUAACCAAGAUGUGGAGGGAGAGAAUGAGGUGCAAAUGUGGACCAUCACAAAGUCAAGAUGGGCUUGUGAUGAUGGUCUUUCGCCAAUUGGUGCUGAUGAUAAACACCAACAUGGGAAAGGGAGCUCCAGUCCUGAAACAGGUGAGUUCCAAAGAGAAUGUUCAGAGAGCACUGUCACUAGAUCAUCAGGAGGCAGUGGAAGAGAUCAUUAUCUGAGCCCAUCUACCGAUGAUACUGAUUCUAAAAAGGAUUUCCUUAUGGACUCCAUGGACGAUGUUGAGGAACAAAGUGAUGUCAGUGAUUCUCCGGCAGAUUCUGAGAAUGGUGGUUUGAUACAUGUGCAGAGAAAUAUAAACAUGCUUCAGAGUUGCAGAAGUGUGUGCGAGUUUGAGAUGAUUAAGAAAAUAAAUGAAGGAACUUAUGGUGUUGUCUAUAAAGCUAGGGAUAAGAAAACUGGAGAAAUAGUAGCAUUGAAGAAGGUGAAGAUGAACAUAGACAGGGAUGGCUUUCCGUUGUCGUCCUUGAGGGAAAUAAACAUUCUCUUGUCUUUCAAUCAUCCCUCUAUUGUGAAUGUUAAAGAAGUAGUUGUUGAUGAUUUUGAUGGUACUUUCAUGGUAAUGGAGUAUAUGGAAUAUGACCUCAAGGGGCUGAAGGAGGUAAAGAAGCAGCCCUUUAGCAUGAGUGAAAUCAAAUCCUUGAUACAGCAACUUCUUGAAGGUGUCAGGUAUCUCCAUGAUAAUUGGGUUAUCCAUAGGGACUUGAAGACAUCAAACAUUCUUGUGAACAAUGAAGGGGAGUUGAAAAUAUGUGAUUUUGGGUUGUCAAGGCAGUAUGGAAGCCCACUGAAGCCAUACACUCCUGUUGUGGUUACGCUAUGGUAUAGAGCACCUGAACUAUUAUUGGGUGCAAAAGAAUACUCAACAGCAAUUGACAUGUGGUCAGUGGGUUGCAUAAUGGCUGAAUUAAUUGGCAAGGAACCUCUGUUCAAGGGUAAAAGUGAACUUGAACAACUUGAUAAGAUUUUUCGAACCCUGGGUACACCAAAUGAGAAAAUUUGGCCAGGAUUAUCUAAUUUACCUGGUGCUAAAGCAAAUUUUGUUAAGCAACCGUAUAACAUGCUAAGGAAGAAAUUUCCAGCCACAUCUUUUACUGGUUCAACUGUAUUAUCUGAGUUGGGAUUUGACUUGUUGAAGAAGCUGCUUACUUACGACCCUGAAAAGAGGAUAUCUGCAGAAGAUGCUCUCCUUCAUGAUUGGUUUCAUGAAGUGCCACUUCCCAAAUCUGAUUUCAGGCCUAUUUUUCCUUCUUGGCGGUGCUAGGGCAGGUACUUUUGCUGGAUGCAUGAAAUGCCAAGAACAGUGCUAUUUUUACCUCAUUUUUUCCAACUUUGUCUCUUACCAAGUUAAUGAUCAUAUACAAUGAUACGAUUGCAAAAGACAGGGUAAUGGACUCCGUUAGGCUCUUAUUUGUUGUAAAUUAGAAGCGGCAGAUUGAUGUGUAUAGACCUGAGAAGGUAUGGAAUUAUAGCUGAUUUUUUUUUUUUUUUUCUCUACUGGAACUCCAUGUACUUUGCCAGUGAAAAUGAUGUACACAUAUUUCAGGGCAUUCAGUAAUAAAUGAUGAUUUUUUGCUAUGGUAUGUUGUUAUCCUGUACUAUCUAUCUAUUUCCAGUUUUUCACAAUGGUUCCUUUUGGCUGUCCCACUGAAUUGGGGGCAUCAAAUUUUGUUAUUUUUUCCACGCUUAAUUUUUCCACCAGGUUAUCGUUGUGCCAAGCACUGGUAGCUGUUGGAUAUGUAGAAAAAUAAAUCAAUUGCAGGAAAUUUUCAUUUUCAACUUGGCCAACAGGUAAAGAUGUCAGUUUUUCAAUUUGAAAGUUGCUGGUCCCUGAUAUAAAAUGAUAUUGCAUACUAGGUUUAGAAAGAAAAGAGAGUGUUUAGCUUCCAUAUUCUUCCCCAUUUCUGCAAUGUUUCAUUUCCCUUCACAGAAAUGGUCUUAAAUACUUAAAUUAACAAGAGGUUGAAAUGAGUUUGCAUGCCAGUAAAUGGGUUAUAAGGCAGGGUUUAGAAAUAAGCUUUGUGGAGCUGCCGAGGUCAGAGCUAGGUGGUGGUGAGAAGAAAAAAGAAGAAGGGGUUUACCGUUGGAGGAGGGGUUGCAAGGAUGCGAAGUCCGCUACCAAAGUUUCCGAAGGAAUAUUAGCACUCCAGUUUGUGCCUGUACCACUGCUGCAAUUGGUGGGUGUUUGUAAUUUGAUCCAGUUCAAUUUAAGUUGCUAUGAUAUGAGGAAGAGUGAGUCAUUUAUUUUUCGCAUUGAAAUUCCCGUGGUGUUGGUAAUUUAUCGUUUAUUACGAAAUCUGUUUACGCUUGUGAAGAAAUGCUGAUCCGAUGGAAUAACUUGUUUGUCUGAAAAAGACAUGUACGUGUAAAGAUUUGAUUUAAUUUGUGAUAUAUAACACCCACAAGUCAGAAUAUAGCUAAAAUCUACUAUCCGUGGAUAUAAAAACAUAUAACAAAGUAUUAAAAAUUGAACUUGCAACCUGCGCCAGCUCAUAAUGCAAGAUCUGAGCAUUAUGUUGCCGAUAAUUUGAUAUUUGCUCUGUUCAGCAUUUGGGUUUCAGCUUUCAAGUCCUGAUUGUCCCUGUAAAGGUUUGGAAUGGAUAAAAAUAUAAAAAUGUGCUUUUUUAUUUUCUUAAUUUAAUUUACAGUACUUUGAGGGGAGGAUUUUCAUGUGUUUCGUAUAUCAUAACUUUUAUAUUUCGGACAGCAUAAUUAAAAUAGGAGAAUACUAAAUUGCAUAAACCCAAACAUUUAAACACCUCAACUGGGUAUACUGUAAUGUCCUGCUGGCCUAAAUUUUUCUAGGCAAAGAAAACGAGAACGUAGAUUUUAUUGUUUCGGUUUUCAAAGAGGAAAGAAAGAUCUCGUGUAACUAUAAAUAAUAAAGUAUUUUAGGUUAUGUAUUCUGAUUCUUCAUGAGAAAGCAGGUAUGCAUAGGUAUCUUGAGAUAUUUAAUAAUUUAAAAUAAGAUUUCGGAUGCUC